GUAGAAACAUCUCAUGAUAAGUGGUAAACCCACUGAAAACUGAGCUCGGUUGCUUUGUAAUACAGCAGACAGCAACACAGCAGACAGGACACAGGAAUUUUGUUGAGUAUUGCUUCGUUGCUGGGAUCCGGAAAUGGAGGGAUCGAGUCCGAAAUCGCCGUUGCUGGUGCAGGAGGGUCGGAGGGCGAGUCGACGCAAGCUACUCAGCCGCCGGAACUCGGUGAACUCACUGAGGACCGAGUUCUUGACAAGGCUGCCUGACAAGGUCCGUACUGGCAUCGACCCUGAGUCCACCUCCUUCGACGGCGAUCUUUCCAGAACCAAAGGCUUAACCAAAGGAGAGAAGGAUUACUACGAGAGACAAUUCGGGACCUUGAAGUCGUUUGAGGAAGUGGAUACUUUGAUGGCAGCCGAGAUCAACGGUGAUGAGGAACUGGAGGCGGCAGAACAGGCUCAACAUGAAAAAGCUAUGCGAAUAUCUAAUUAUGCAAACGUUGCACUUCUCGCGUUGAAGAUCUAUGCUACAAUAAAGAGUGGAUCCAUAGCCAUCGCGGCAUCAACACUAGAUUCUUUACUUGAUCUCAUGGCUGGUUUCAUACUUUGGUUCACUCAUCUGUCGAUGAAGAACAUAAAUAUUUAUAAAUACCCUAUUGGAAAGUUGAGGAUGCAGCCAGUAGGCAUAAUCGUCUUUGCUGCUAUCAUGGCUACACUAGGCUUUCAGAUAUUGCUCACGGCUGUAGAACAACUAGUUGAAGACAGCCCUACUGAAAAUUUGUCCUCAAAUCAAUUGAUAUGGUUAUGUGCAAUCAUGUCAUUUGCUACUGUGGUGAAACUCGGCCUCUGGUUGUACUGUAGAACCUCAGGAAACGAGAUUGUCCGUGCAUAUGCACAGGAUCACUUUUUCGACAUCGUAACAAAUGUCGUUGGGUUAGCUGCAGCUAUUCUUGGCGAUAAAUUCUACUGGUGGAUUGACCCUGUUGGUGCUAUCAUCCUUGCGGUGUACACUAUUACAAAUUGGUCUAAAACUGUAAUGGAAAAUGCAGUUACGCUUGUGGGACAGUCUGCACCUCCUGAAUUCUUGCAGAAACUGACAUAUCUUGUCAUAAGGCACCCUCAAGUCAAGCGCAUUGACACUGUCCGUGCUUACACUUUUGGUGUCCUUUAUUUUGUAGAGGUUGAUAUUGAACUCCCAGAAGAAUUACCCUUAAAAGAUGCACACGCCAUUGGAGAGACCUUGCAGGAAAAGAUUGAGAAACUUCCGGAAGUUGAGCGGGCGUUUGUUCACCUUGAUUUUGAAUGUGAACACAAACCAGAGCACGUUGUUCUCAGCAGAUUGCCCAACAGUCAGCCUUGAAUUUUGAAUGCCUCAUUCAGUUCCAUCUAGAGGCUUUUUUGUACAUCUUGAUUUUGAAUGUGAACCCAUUUUGACUUGUUAUGGAUGCAUGCCUUGAUGAGCGUGAAGUAGGAGAGAAGGGAUUUCAUAAUCGGGGUUUUGAAUAAGACGACCUUAUAAUUUUAAUUUUUCUUUUUCUUUUUCUUUUUCAUAAUCGAAAGUGUUGAGCUCUUUAUUUUUUAUCA